UCAGUUCCUCCUCCUCCUCCUCCUCCUCCUCCAAAACCACCACCACCACCGCCGCCGCCACCAUGGCGUCGUCCGAAGCCGAUGGCCACCCGUCGGAAGAGCAACCCAAACUAAGCAAGAAGGCCGCCAAGAAGGAGGAGGCCAAGCUUGAGAAGCUCCGCCGCCGCCUCGAGUCCUCCGCCGCCGUCUCCGCUGCAGCCUCGCCGCCCGGUGAGGAGGAUCCCCUCGCUGCCAGCUACGGGGAGGUCCCCCUGUCCGAUCUGCAGUCGAAGGAGGAGGUCGGGGAGCCCUACACUGAGGUCGGCGCGCUGUCGGAGGAGAUGAAGAAGAAGGCCAGCAGCGUGCUGGUGAGGGGGAGGGCGCAAGCCGUUCGAGCAGUGGGGAAGAAGAUGGCCUUCGUGGUCGUGAGGGAGAAGGGUUUCACGGUGCAGUGCGUCGUGACCGAGCAGGAGGGGUCGGUCAGCAGGCAGAUGGUCAAGUUCGUGGCCUCCUUGAAUCGCGAGUCCAUCGUCGACGUCCACGGCACCCUCACUGUUCCUUCCUCCCCCAUCAAGGGCGCUUCCCAGCAGGUGGAGAUUCAGGUCAACAGGCUCUACUGCGUCAGCAAGGCCUUGCCCACCCUUCCCAUCAAUCUCGAGGACGCUGCUCGCAGCGAGGCCGAGAUCGAGAAGGCUCUCCAGGCCGGAGAGCAGCUCGUUCGUGUUAAUCAGGAUACGAGGUUAAAUUUCAGAGUCCUCGACAUACGCACGCCCGCCAAUCAAGGAAUCUUUCGAAUCCAGAGUCAAGUUAGCAAUAUAUUUAGGCAGUUCUUGUUAUCUGAAGGCUUUAUUGAAAUCCAUACGCCGAAACUUAUAGCUGGAUCCAGUGAAGGAGGUUCUGCUGUUUUUAAGCUGGACUAUAAAGGGCGCCCUGCAUGCCUGGCGCAGUCACCUCAGCUUCACAAGCAAAUGUCUAUUUGUGGUGAUUUUGGGCGUGUUUUUGAGAUUGGCCCUGUUUUUAGGGCAGAAGACUCCUACACACACAGGCAUUUGUGUGAAUUUACUGGGCUUGAUGUUGAAAUGGAGAUUAAGAAGCAUUAUUUUGAGGUGAUGGACAUCGUCGACCAGUUGUUUGUUACAAUGUUUGACUCGUUGAAUGUGAGUUGCAAGAAAGAACUUGAAGCUGUUGGAAGACAAUAUCCUUUUGAACCUUUGAAGUACUUGAGAAAGACUUUGCGGCUUACGUUUCAAGAAGGGGUUCAAAUGCUCAAGGAUGCCGGUGUUGAGAUUGAUCCUCUAGGUGACUUCAGCACAGAAGUAGAGAGGAAAUUGGGUCAGCUGGUUCUAGAAAAGUAUGGCACCGAGUUCUAUAUACUUCACCGUUAUCCUUUGGCAGUUAGGCCAUUCUACACCAUGCCAUGCUAUGACGAUCCCGCCUACAGUAAUUCAUUUGAUGUUUUUAUUAGAGGCGAGGAGAUCAUCUCAGGAGCCCAGCGUGUCCAUGUUCCUGAAUUUCUUGCCAAGCGUGCAGAGGCAUGUGGAAUUGAUGUGAAGACUAUUGAAACAUACAUCGACUCUUUCAGGUACGGUGCUCCUCCACAUGGGGGCUUUGGAGUGGGACUGGAGCGGGUAAUUAUGCUCUUCUGCGGUCUUAACAACAUCAGGAAAACCUCUCUUUUCCCUCGUGAUCCCCUUAGAAUCUCCCCAUGAGAACAGAUUUAGUAAUGCUGUUCUAAUCAGGUUCUCUGACACAAUCAUAUGGUGCUCCUUGAUUUUGGUGUUUUUCGGUAAAAUAAUUUUUUAUGAUUAGCCAUUUUUUGUCUUUUGUCCCUUGCCAAAUGAAAUCGGACAAUGAGAAUGAGGAUUUGGGUAAAAUCUCUCUCUCCCUCUGCCCCAUAGAAGACAUGAGCAUGGUUUGAAAAGUUAUAUUACCAUUAGUUUGUUUCCCCUUAACAAAAGCAACUCACUAUAUAAUUCUGAUGACGUAAGGAUAAAGUGUGUUGAAUUACAUGCAAUUGAUGUAGUGCAUGAUUUCUCCUCAGUGUUUAUAUCAAGGAGGUGGAAGUAUAUACAAUAGGCUCGGCUCAAGUUUUGACCAACUGGUGCACACGAACUUCCAGAUUACAGCGCAUUCGGAUUUUUACCGAUCUGGAUAAUAAGGAGUAGGAUAGAAGCCAGUUUUGAUUUGUUUAUGAUUCGGAUAUCUCAAGCUUGAAACUAAUGGGAAUUUAUUACAAGGUUACUACGUGCAUACUACAGAGGGAUAUCUUACGGAGACAAAACCUAGAGAGCAAUUUCUUUACUGUAAUGAGCUUAAGUAUAAAGGGUCUGCACAAGCACCCUUUCAUUUAUUGCACAUGAGACGAUGACGACUAAAUGUGUUCCAAGAAUAAGAUCGAUGACCAUUUCAGUGCA